UAAGCUAUAUAUUAUCCAACAGCAACUGGCCUGAUUGAAUCAUUUGUUUUGUGGCCGUUUCAGCACGCGAUACCAGCAUUUCCAGGUGACCAAGGAUGGCGCUCCUGUGGAGGAUAUUCACUCUGCUGCUGGUGGCUUUGCUCGGUAGCGCCGCGGCUACCGGCAGUGAUGAUAAGCGAGCACAGCAGCGCAUCAUUGGCGGUGUGCGAGCAUUGCCCGGGGAGUUCCCGUCGAUGGUUUCCAUCCAACGGAUCGUUCUCGUCCGUGCCAGCCAUGUUUGUGGUGGAAGCGUGCUGAACCAGUUCCACGUGCUAACCGCGGCCGAAUGCUUCUUCGGCAAUCAAAACAGUCGCUACCGCGUGCAGGCCGGCAAGGUGCUGCUGAACAGCUUCGAAUCCAGCGAACAGACGAUCAACGUACUCCGGUUCACGAUGCACCCACAGUACGAUGGAUCGCGCAGCCCGUUUAACAUCGCGACCGUGCGGUUGGCAUCACCGUUCGGCUACAGUUCGUUCAUUGCCCCAAUCGCUAUGCCCGCGAUUGAUUCCAUUCCGGACGGUAUCGUGAAGUUUGCCGGUUGGGGAUCCACCUCAACCGGACUGCUGCCGAGCAUGUCCGAUCAGCUGCAAAUGUUCUACGUUGGCAUAGUGCCGAACUUCGAGUGUCAGAUCAUGGUCAGCACUAACGGGCCAGUUACGGAGCGUAAUGUCUGCCUUGGGCCAGCGACUGGCGGAAUCGGUGCUUGUUCCGGUGAUGCAGGCGGUGCUGCCAUACAGCAGAUCAACGGUACGGACACGAUCGUCGGUAUCCUCUCGUGGCAGGUGUCGCCCUGCGGACAACCGGGCAUUCCCACCAUCACAACGCGCGUAUCGGCAUUUAUCGAGUGGAUUAACCUAAACUCACAGAUUUAAGUCAUCCCAAUGUUACGGAAUAUUUAUAUUUUGCUAGUAAUACACAGAUAAAAAUACAACUCGUACACAAAUCGCA